UGAUUGUUUGCUGUGACUUAGGACAUAACCUUGCUAAAAACAUUUUUUAAUAGUCAAGGAUAACAGCUUUCUGGUUCUCUAAAUGGUAGUGUUGUAACUUCAUUUCCUCCUCUUUCAGUUUGAUUUCAAUAAAAACUCACCUUUCAGCACAUAGCAAGGAAAAUGUAAUAUCAGCCAUCAAGUAUGAGCUGGACCGCCGGGGCCAAGUUUUUUAUGUUCCACCUCGUAUCAAAGGACUGGAAGAAGUGAUGGAAUUUCUCGAACAGUCAUUUCCAACUGUUGAAAUAGCUAUUGCACAUGGAAAGCAAUACUCAAAGCAGCUUGAGGAAACCAUGGAGAAAUUUGCACUAGGUGAAAUUAAAAUUCUUAUAUGCACAAAUAUUGUGGAAAGUGGGCUUGACAUUCAAAAUGCAAACACCAUCAUAGUUCAGGAGGUUCAACAAUUUGGCUUAGCACAGUUGUAUCAGUUGCGUGGAAGAGUAGGGCGGGCAGAUAAGGAAGCUCAUGCACAUUUAUUUUACCCAGAUAAGUCACUACUGACUGAUCAAGCACUGGAGAGGCUUGCUGCUCUAGAAGAAUGCCAUGAACUUGGCCAAGGCUUUCAACUUGCAGAGAGAGACAUGGGUAUUAGAGGUUUUGGCACCAUCUUUGGCGAGCAACAGACCGGUGAUGUUGGAAAUGUAGGCAUUGAUCUCUUCUUUGAGAUGCUCUUUGAGAGCUUGUCCAAGGUUGAAGAGCAUCGUGUUAUUUCAGUUCCUUACCAGUCUGUACGGGUUGAUCUAAAUAUAAACCCUCGUCUCCCUUCUGAGUACAUAAAUUAUUUGGAGAACCCUAUGGAAAUAAUUAAUGAAGCUGAGAAAGCUGCUGAGAAAGAAAUCUGGAGUUCGAUGCAAUUUACAGAAAAUCUGCGUCGCCAAUAUGGAAAAGUGCCUUACUCCAUGGAGCUUCUAUUGAAGAAGCUUUAUGUGAGGAGGAUGGCAGCAGAUCUAGGGAUAAAAAGAAUCUAUGCUUCAGGAAAGAUGGUCGGUAUGAAAACAAACAUGACUAAACUGGUUUUAGGGCUGAUUACAGAGUCAAUGGUGUCUGAGGUUCACCGAAAUUCUUUGGUUCUAGAGGAUGACUUAAUUAAGGCAGAACUACUUUUAGAGCUACCAAGAGAGCAACUGCUAAAUUGAAUUUUUCAAUGCUUGGCUGAACUUCAUGCUUCGCUACCAGCCCAAAUAAAAUACUAGUUUUUUUUUCCUAGGGAAGAAAAACAUACAAUUUUUGACUUGCUGAAGUCUUUGAAACUUCGCGGAAUGGGUGCAUCACGGUUAGAUAUAUGCAUUGGAUGGGAUCACGGAAAAGGAAGUUGAGAAUCUGUCCAUCUUUGAUGACCCUGGAUUGCGACCUAGUGUUGCAAUUUAGUAGUGCCCUUGCAUAAAUCACAUAAAAGGUGUACGAAGUCAGGACUAAUUAAUGCAAAACCAAUAUAAUACUUUAAAUUAUAAACACAUUCCUUCUACCGCAGCCAGAACAGAACUAAGAAGUGUUCUAAGUCAAAGGUGAUUCUUCUAUGUCAAAUGAAGGUAAAUGAGCAGACUCUUCAGUUUUUUUCCCCCAAUAAUUAGUGCUUUUGACUGGCUUACAUUGAAUUUGCAGGACUCAAGUCUGAAUAUCUGAGGAUGGGACUCUAUCUGAUCUGCUUUAAAUUUUUACUUCAAAGGGAACAACUUCACUCUGAAAAGAAUGUAGAUAGGCUAGAAGUUUAAUACAUCCUGGACUCUGUAAGAUGUAGGCAUAUAGCCUUUCACAUUGAAAGAAGCAUAUGUAUUUAUGCUCCCUUUUUGUCAUGAUUUUAAUGUAUAGAAGCUUUGUUCUGGAUUAUCUAUGAUGUAUUGGAUUAAUAAAACUUGGAUACAUGUAAUCUGGAAAAU